UACUCCAGGAAGUUACCCUGAAAGCACCAGAAAUACUAAGUUACUUUUUCCAGGUGAUUAAGAGAACGCUCUGGGCCCUCAUUGGUGAGUUGCAGCCCAGAACUCCGGGCUCUGCUGGGAGGAGGAGGAAGGGAAGUCGAAGAGGUCUUUGGACUUGGUGGCCCGGUUUUCAUCCUCAUGGCUUCGCCCCAGGGCCCCAGCAGUGAGUGCUCCCAUGUCAUAGAUCACACCCACGUCCCUGAGUUCGAGGUGGCCACCUGGAUCAAAAUCACCCUCGUCUUGGUGUACCUGGCCAUCUUCGUGGUGGGCAUUCUGGGGAACAGUGUCACCAUUCGGGUCACGCAGGUGCUGCAGAAGAAAGGCUACUUGCAGAAGGAGGUGACGGAUCACAUGGUGAGCCUGGCUUGCUCGGACAUCUUGGUCUUCCUCAUUGGCAUGCCCAUGGAGUUCUACAGCAUCAUCUGGAACCCCCUGACCACGCCCAGCUAUGCCCUGUCCUGUAAGAUUCACACUUUCCUCUUCGAGGCCUGCAGCUAUGCCACCCUGCUCCACGUGCUGACGCUCAGCUUUGAGCGCUAUGUGGCCAUCUGCCACCCCUUCAGGUACAAAGCUGUGUCGGGGCCCUGCCAGGUGAAGCUGCUGAUUGGCUUUGUCUGGGUCACCUCCGCCCUGGUGGCGUUGCCUUUGCUUUUUGCCAUGGGAACUGAGUACCCCCUGGUGAACGUGCCCAAUCACCGGGGUCUGCCUUGCAACCGCUCGCAGACUCACCACCACCAGCGCCCGGAGACCUCCAACAUGUCCAUCUGUACCAACCUUUCCAGCCGCUGGACCGUCUUCCAGUCCAGCAUCUUCAGCGCCUUCGUCAUCUACCUCUUGGUCCUGGUCUCCGUGGCCUUCAUGUGCUGGAACAUGAUGCAGGUGCUCAUGAGGAGCGGCCAGGCUGGGGGGACCAGGAAGGGACAGCAGCCUCAGCUGAAGAAGUCGGAGAGCGAGGAGAGCAGGACAGCCAGGAGGCAGACCAUCAUCUUCCUGAGGCUGAUUGUCGUGACCUUGGCGGUCUGCUGGAUGCCUAACCAGGUGCGGAGGAUUAUGGCAGCGGCCAAACCCAAGCACGACUGGACCAAGACCUACUUCCGGGCGUACAUGAUCCUCCUCCCCUUCUCCGACACCUUCUUCUACCUGAGCUCCGUCAUCAACCCGCUCCUGUACAACGUGUCCUCGCAGCAGUUCCGCAGGGUGUUCGGCCAGGUGCUGCGCUGCCACCUGACGCUGCCCCACGCCAACCACAGCAAGCACCUGUGCGCCCACGGCGCCUCCGCGGCCGCCAGCACCCGCUCAGCGCGCCGCCCCCUGAUCUUCAGGGCUUCGCGUUCCAACUCCUCUGCAAGAACGAACAAGGUUUUCUUGAGCACUUUCCAGAGCGAGGCCAAGCCCCAGUCUGAGCCCCAGCAUUUGAGUCUCGAGUCACUAGAGCCCAACUCGGCAAUGAAACCACCCACUCCUGCCACGGGGAAUGGUUUGCAGGAGCAUGAAGUGUGAUGUCAGGUAUGGAAGCCUUGAAGGCUAACCGGCCUUCUAACUCCCCCAACGAAAGCAAUAUUAUCCUGACACAGCGGUGACGAACUGUGCCCUUAGGAGGGACAGCAGU